AAGUCUUACUGCGGAACUGUGCCUGGGUUUGGCCAAUGCGAAGUAGACUUCGUUUCCAUCCGGGUUUUGGGACAGCGACAAUCAUGGCGCCACCCGUCAGAUACUGCAUUCCCGGCGAACGUCUGUGUAACUUGGAGGAGGGCAGCCCGGGCAGUGGCACCUACACCCGCCACGGUUACAUCUUUUCGUCGCUUGCCGGCUGUCUGAUGAAGAGCUGCGAGAACGGCGCGGUAAAGGAAGCGGCUUGCCAUCUCCUCUCUCUGUUUUCUCUUAGGCUUUCAUUAAGUUCCACAAGGAAGAUGUCCGAGCAACUGAAAAAGACAAGGUUGUUGGAAGCUUGGAGGCACUUCAGUUUCAUACACAGCAUAAAAGAGGAGUCUCGGGCAAAUCUCUGGGGCCUGGGCUCUGCUACCAGCUUUUCCCUUCCAGGUGUCCAGAUGGUUCCCAUCAGUUGGUGUGAGAUGCAGUGCCCUAAGACCCACACUAAAGAGUUCCGGAAAGUGGCCCGCGUACAGCCUGAAUUCUUGCAGACCUAAGAAGCCACUUUUUACCCCAUGGAAGGGGGUAAGCUGUUCCUGAGUACAUUUAUGACAAUAACAUGUACUUGUCUUUAUAAGAUGCUAUUGUCUUUAUUCAAACAACUGGGGUUGGCCAACAACCACUUCCAGAAAAACCUGCGAGAAGCUUACGCUGCAGAUGGAACACGUUUCUGUCAGCCUAUCAGUGGAUUUCAUUCUCUUGAGUGAUAAAACUUACCUUCUCGGGACACCAACAAACAAAACUGUGAUAUUGGAAAUGGCCUGUUCAUCCUGACAAUCCUUUUAAAUAUGUAAUUUUGCUAUGAUAAAACUUUUUUACU